AAAUAAACACAAAGCCCCAGGAGAAUGGCGCAUUGUGCAAAACACUGCUCUCAUUUUUCCCGCCAUAAUCCGCUGGAAGUACCUUGUUUUUAUGUGCUCCGACGCUGCGCGUGGGAAUGGCCUCCUCCAAAUCCCUAAUGGAUAACCUUCUCCGACCUGCAAAACGCAUAAAGGCUUCUUCCCAUUCCCAAAUUACCUUACCAAAGCUGCUUAGCGUUUCAUCUCUCUCUUCUACUUCCUCCGAUGUCCCCCAGAAUAAUUCCCUCGGCUCCUCUCCUCCUUCUCCCACUCCUUCGUCGCCAUCCGGCCUCACCGACCAGCAGAAACUGAGGAUUGAACUGAACAGAUCUCUCGCAAAAUCAAAACGAAAUGUUCGAAUUUGUUCCGAAAAAGUUUCCAAGUCCAAAGCUGAAGGGGUUUUUGUGGGAUUGGAAGAGCUUUUGGUGGAGGAAACGUGGUUGGAAGCGCUUCCGGGUGAGCUUCGAAAGCCCUAUGCCAAGAAUCUUUGCAAGUUUGUUGAGCGAGAAGUAUGCGGUGGUAAUGGGCCCAUCUAUCCGCCUUUGCCCUUGAUCUUUAAUGCCCUUAACUCCACUCCAUUUGAUAGAGUCAAGGUUGUAAUCAUUGGACAGGAUCCUUAUCAUGGGCCUGGUCAAGCAAUGGGCCUUGCAUUCUCUGUGCCUGAGGGAGUGAAAAUGCCUUCAAGUCUGGUAAACAUAUUUAAGGAGCUUCAGAAAGAUUUGGGCUGUUCAAUUCCGUCUCAUGGGAAUUUGGAGAGAUGGGCCAUACAGGGUGUUUUACUGCUCAACACUGUUCUUACUGUUAGGAGUCAUCUGGCCAACUCUCAUGCAAAGAAAGGAUGGGAGCAAUUUACUGAUGCUGUAAUUGGAACAAUCUCACAAAGAAAAAAAGGAGUUGUAUUUCUUUUAUGGGGAAACUCUGCUCAAGAGAAAUCUAGGUUGAUUGAUGGCACAAGGCACCAUAUUCUUAAAGCAGCACACCCUUCUGGUUUAUCUGCAAAUAGAGGCUUCUUUGGAUGCAGGCAUUUUUCUCGCUCCAACCAUAUUCUGGAUCAAAUGGGAUUCGCCCCAAUAGAUUGGCAGAUUUAACAAGAAAGAAGAGUGCCUAAUUAUUUUGACCUAAUUUUGAAUCUGGUUUAUUAAAAUCUCCCUAAUGCUGUUGGUAAGACGUGAUUUAUGGGAUGGGGUAUAUAUAAAUUUAUUUACCUUGUGUGUAUGAUAUUAGUGUGUGGAGAUGGCUCUAAUGUCCUGAUAAGCACACUAUUGUACCCCAUAAGCUUGUAGUUAACCAACACAUGGGUUGAGAAA